AUGGAAGGUGGUACAAAGAGAGCUCCGGCUAGCAAAACAAUCAAGAAUGAGGCCCAUCCAAACAUACGCGCAGACGUAGCGGCUGGAAGAACUUCGCGAGAUAAUGUUGACUACCACCCGAAACGAACGAAGGGACAAUUACAGCCCGAGAGACCCUUCGCAGCGAGCCAGAAAGAUAUUCACCGAAUGCCACAACGUCGGAGCUGUCGAUCAACGUAUCCAGCGCCAAAAUCGGAUCAAACCAGUCGGGACGACACGCGGAAGAAGAGGCGACGUGCGUGUCAAGUGCGGACCAAAACAGGGAUUGACCAAGAGAAAGAGGCACGAAUCAUCCUGCCACACGGUUAA